GACUACUACUGCGCCACCCUUUAUCCGGGUCUGGGUCUUAUAAAGCUCCAACAUCUGGCCUCGCUACCCAUACACGCAACCUGACGCCAUUCAACUACAAAGUCCCAAAAAUCUUAUAGUCACCAUGCAUCGCAUGCCCCCCAUCACCUUGGAGGACCGGACAGGCAUCAAUACAAACACAGACUUCGACGACAUGUAUGAUCGAAUAUUCUUCCACGUCGCACGAACACCCGGCCAGACGACGACAAAAAUCUACGAAAUGACAAUUCGUGCCUCUCGUCACCGGAGUACUUUGCCCCUGGACAAGGAACCUAUCAUACUCCUCGACUUCGCGCCCGACGAAUCACUUGGUACCAUUUCCUUCUUGAAAGCUCCUUCUCAACCGUCCAUAUCUAUGGGCCGUUACCUACGAAAAACAAGUAUCUUCGGAUCAUCACUGUCUAGAAAAUUCUUUGGGUCGGAUGGGCGGGAAUACAGGUGGAAUCAUAGGAGUGUCGCUGGGCAGGAGUGGACUUGCACAACAGCAGAAAAUUACCUUGUAGCCCACUACGAUCUUAAGCCGCUCGACGUUAAAGCGUAUGAUGUAUCCGGUAACAACUUCAUAAUAUACGAUUCGUUCAAGCAUCUUAUCCCUGAACUCGUCGCCAGUCUAAUCAUCAUGCGUCAUAUCUCACAGUAUAAUCUCUGAUAAUAUUUGCUAUAUGAACGUAGCAUCCCCAGUCGCGCAUUACUCAAUUUGCAUAGGUAGAUUGUACAUACAUAGUAC